AUGGGUUUCUUCUCGAUCUUCUCCACUUUCCGCAAAUCCAACGUCUUCAACCUCGUCUUCCGGUCCGCCCAGCUGAUCGUCGCCCUCGUGGUGAUUGGAAUGUAUGCGGUGGAUCUCAAUACUGCGAACAAGGAGGACAAGUACGCCGACUCCAAAUGGGUUUUCGCCGUCACGGUGGGCUCUCUGGCGGCAGUCACCGCGCUCAUCUUCUCACUCGCCAGCAUCUUUUUCCAGUACCGCACGGUUGCCCUGCUGUUCGCGUGGGACUGGGUACUCACCAUUCUCUUCGCGACGCUGUCUGGCAUUUUCGGUUCCAUGUACAUCGGCGAGAAGGUUGAAUACGAGAGCGGCGUGCAUCGCAUGAAAGUUGCCGUUGGCUUCGACUUUACGGGUCUGAUCCUGUGGUGCGUGACUGCGGCCUUUGGCACGUGGUGGUUCGUCUCGGAGAGGAAGGCCGAGAGACGGGGACGCGGCAAUAAGGCUUGA